UUAUUCUUCUUGAUAUAGAAAUCUUAAAAAAUGAAAGUUUACAACUCAAGAAGGACCUAACCAAGUUUGUAGAUGGAUCCACCAAACUCAAUCUUUUAUUAAAACAUAAAAGGAUUCCAUCUAACAAUAACUGGUAUUGAUUUUGACUCAAUUCUUAAGACUCCUCAGACCAAAUCUAAAGUCUUCUCUUACAGAACCGGUGGAUAUGAAUAUAAAGAAUCGGGCAAGAGAAAGACUAACGAAAAUGAAACUAACCAGAAAGGACCGAAAAAGAUAUGGAUACCAGAUUCUCAAAUAAUUUAUGUUUAAAAUAUCCUUGGUGGGAAAGUCAAAACUAUGAAAAAAAAAAAGAAAAAAGAAAAACACACAAAUUCGAACCAAACCUAAAUUGAUUGUGCCAACCCAAAAUAAUGAGUGUAUAUCAUAAUUAUUAUUAAAAAUAGCUAUCAAAAUUUGUAUAAAAAAAAACUAUAAAAAAUGACAAAACUUGUAUUUAAUAUUACAUGUGCAUGUAGUAUUAGUAUUGUAAUGUUUUCCAAUUUUCGAAAAACUUGAGCUAGAAUUUUGCCUAGAGAUUCAAUAGGACUUAUUUAGUAUUGAAAAACAUCUUCAUAAUUAAUAGGAUGGAAGUAACAGAUGAAUAAGUUAUAGUAUUGUCGAUGGGAUGAAAAAGGGGUUUAACAGAGAUGAAAGAGGAGAAGGAGAAGACACGUGUUGGAUGAUAAAAAAGAAGUUAAAACAGAAAAGAGAAAAGAGAGUAAUUGGCAAUUACAGAGAGACGACAAGUCAAUAAGAGAGGGGAAAGAGAAAAAAAGGGUUAAAUAGAGGGAAGACCCAGUCAAAUGACAAUCACUUUUCAACCCACUCUCCCUAACCUCACCCGCCUGUCAUUCGCCGCACCCCUCACCCGCACACCUUAACUUUCUCUCUGUGACACACAAACACCAUUCUCUCUUUCUCUCUCUCAUUCUUUCUUCGUCUUCUUAUGUGCCCUACCACGCCCUCCCAUCGCUAGCCAUGUCGCUCAGGAAGGUCUUCCGCUCCCGCAAGUUCUCCAGAUCCUUCAAGGACCUGCCGCCGGUCGAGGUCGCCGGCGCCGGCGAGAGGAGGGACGGCGGAGGCGAGGAGGCCGACAUCGGGAACGAGUGGUCCGCCAUGCUGCCCGAGAUUCUCGGCGAGAUCGUGCGGCGGGUCGACGCCGCCGAGGAGCAGUGGCCUAACCGUCAAAACGUCGUCGCUUGCGCCUGCGUCUGCAAGCGGUGGCGCCACAUCACGCGCGAGAUCGUGCGUCAGCCCUCGAACACCGGCAGAAUCACUUUCCCGUCGUGCCUUAAACAGCCAGGACCACGCGACGUUCCCCACCAGUGUCUCAUAAAGCGUAACAAGAAGACCUCAACGUUUUAUCUAUAUCUUGCUCUAACACCAUCAUUCACAGAUAAAGGGAAGUUUCUGCUAGCAGCUAGAAGAUAUAGGUGUGGUACCCAUACUGAGUAUAUAAUUUCACUUGAUGCUGAUGACUUAUCCCAAGGAAGCAAGGCUUAUGUUGGAAAGUUAAGCUCGGAUUUUCUCGGCACCAACUUCACAAUUUAUGACAGCCAGCCACCCCAUAGUGGUGCAAAACCAUCUAGUGGCAGGGCCAGCCGUCGGUUCACCAGCAAGCAGAUAAGCCCGCAAGUUCCUGCCGGUAACUUUGAGGUGGGGCAGGUCUCCUACAAGUUCAACCUUUUGAAAUCAAGAGGACCAAGGAGAAUGGUUUCCUCAUUGAAGUGUCCCGUGACUCCUGUCCCGCCAAUGGGUGAAAAUUCAGAUAGCACGUCUCCCGAUGGCCAUAAGGAUAAAGAUCAUGUUGCUUCUGGCUACACAAUCUUGAAGAAUAAAGCUCCAAGGUGGCAUGAACAUUUGCAAUGUUGGUGCUUGAAUUUCCAUGGUCGUGUGACAGUUGCCUCGGUGAAGAACUUUCAGCUGGUUGCAACAGUGGACCAAAGCCAACCAGGAGGUAAAGGAGAUGAGGAAACAGUUCUUCUCCAGUUUGGUAAAGUGGGGGAUGAUACAUUUACCAUGGAUUAUAGACAGCCCUUAUCUGCUUUCCAGGCUUUUGCCAUUUGCUUAACUAGCUUUGGCACCAAACUUGCUUGUGAGUAAUAAUAUAAUUUUGGUGUCUCACUGUGCUUAUUUAUUCUGUGGAUGUUUUAAGUGAAUAGCUAUUUUUUUUUUAUAAUUUUUUACUCGGCUUUGAGUCUACAAUUUGAUUGCAGGAAGCUUGUUGUAAAUGUUAUAUCAUCAAUAGGACAUGACAUCUUCCAUAAUCAAAUAUAUUGUACUGUUCCCGCGGUUGGUCCAUCCGUUUGAUUUUAGUUCA